CAAAAGGUGGGCGGAGUUUCGCAGGAGGACAUUUCCUCGUUGCUUUCACGCAGGUUAGCGUUUCGAAACUAGUGGCUUCGAGAAAGAGAAGGCCAGCAAAGUGUGGCCUUGGCGAGUGUCAAGAUGAAAAGAUCGCCAAAGGUCUAGACCAGCUGAUAUGAACGAGAAGGGGCGAGCCCAUAACAAAGUGGAACGAAGUCUGGUGAAAUAAUCGAGCCGAAGCUGGUGCUGCUGCUUGCGGGGCGAUGAGCCUGGACGUGUUGUGCGAUUCGGAUGUCGGGCGAUUCUUUGCCGACAAUCUGCUAACCAGCGAAGAUUGGGAUGCAUGUUUGUAUCGCUGCGAUGGCGUGGAAGACGGCGACGGGCAUCUUGGUCUGGCGUCCGAGUACCACACUUUGUUGGACGAUGAGCUGACGCCGAAUGGCAAGGCACCUUCGUUUCCGUGGCAGCGUUUGCACGACAACCCGCUUGCAGGUGGUGCCAUGACGUGCAGCAAUGUCCAAAGUGACACGGAUGAGCCCAUGGAGCUGCUGUUUCAGGUGAAAGCCGAGCCGGCGUCCCCCGCGUCCUCCAGCGAGGCAGAAUGGUCGCCUCCUGAGCUAGCAGUGCCUGUGUUGGCACCGGCGGUGCCUGCAGAUCGUCCGCCGGUUCCUGUGAAAGGUGAAAACCCGCCCACGCCUCCCUAUGCGUUUGGAGACGUGAUGUCCCCCCCGACAGAGGCCGGCGAGCCGGCCGCGGCGGUGACCAUUCUGGCAGCGGCGGGGUCGAGGACGACGGCGCGGUUUCCCGCUGUGGUGCCGUCCAUCCAAACGCCGGCAACAGUGGUUCCGGCGCUGAAGACAGCCAUCCUGGCCUCCAGACCCCCCAUUCAGCCCCGUCCCCUGUGCCUGGCCGCCCUACCUGUCCCUCGGACACCCACCAAGACCCUCCUCCUGCGUGGUCUUCCCGCCAUGGAACCCGUGGUUUGCUUGACGCCGGCCCCCGCCACGGUCAAGAUGGAGCCUGCUGCCGCCACCACCACCAAGCCCAUUGUCCCAGCGACUGCCGCCUUGCCCAGCAAUGGCUGCAACGACGUUGACAUGAAAGUUCUGAAGCGACAGCAGAGGAUGAUCAAGAACCGCGAAUCGGCCUGUCAGUCACGCAAGAAGAAGAAGGAGUACGUGCACAACCUGGAGUUUCAGCUGAAGGAAGCGCAACAGGAGAACCAGCGGCUCCGCCGCGAGAACCAGCAGCUCCGGGAAAGGCUGGAGGCCGGCCAGGGCGGCGAGUCUCCCGGCAGCAGACGAGCCGUCUGCGUCAUGGCCAUCCUUCUCUUCAUGACAUUCAGCUUUGGGCCAGCCAGUUUGUCCCACAGUAUCUUGGACAGGAGGAGGACGGCGGGCUUUGGGGACGGCGCCAGGUCGUUUACGGGUCGGCGGCUCCUGGAGAUGCAACCAGCAACGCAGCCGGAAGUCGCCGUGGCGGAUGACGAUGGGGAGGCGGAAACGUUUGCGACGGAAUCUUUUCCGUUCAGGAACACUAGCUCAGCUUUCGGUGUGGCCAAAGAGGAGAGCAAUCUGCUGCAGCGCCUGGAACGAUACUUCAGCCACGCCCACUGUCCGCAGUUCAACCGCUCAGAGUCGCUAAGGUUGGCGGCGGAACUUCGCGGUUGGGUUCAGCGGCAUCAGAUCAAUCACAAGAAGUCUGGUGGGAAAGCCAAGAUGGCCAAGAAGGCCAAGAUGGCUCAGCAGCAGCGGGCCCAGCUGAGGAAGGCCAACGUGUCCCGAUACCUGCCAAUCCAGACGCACCGCUCCAUCCAGAGUCAACUACAGGUGCUUCCUGGGCCCGAGGUGACCUACGGCGACUUCCUGGAUGCCAUCGACCGACGUGAGGACACCUUCUACGUGGUGUCUUUCAGACGGGACCACCUGCUGCUGCCUGCCAUCAGCCACAACAAGACACGGCGGCCCAAGAUGUCGCUCGUCAUGCCCGCCAUGUCGGUUAACGAGAGCGUGUACAACGCGUCGCACGGCUAUGAACUCAUGAUGCAGGUGGACUGCGAGGUAAUGAACACCCGCACUGUCCCCAUCAAGUCGUCCGCCGUCCCCCCGUCGCUGCGGGACCCGCCCCCGACGUCCCAGCCGCACACCAACCACUCGGCUCUGCGAGAUCGCCAGCAGCAUCAGCCGCCAUCGCCGCGCCCCCGUACCCGCUCCCAAUAUUUUCUCACCCAGUCGGAGGGCGUGUGAAAAGCGUUGCGUCGGCAGCAAGUGCCGGUGCUUCUUCUUCUACUUGUAUUUAAGGUUUGUACAUAGUGACGUGUAAAUAUGACUUUUAUGUUUGUCAUUUUGACCUUUGAAAGUUUCAAUUGUUUUCCCGUUUGGCGCCCAUAUCGCCUUGUCUGCUCAUCACUUUCUGUUUUACCCAUGGUUGAAUUAAAGCUUGAGCGACCCCC